AUGACGGGAGAAGUGGUUUCCGAGGUUUACCUAGAAAUCAAUGAUUCAAAACUCAUUUCACAAGAAGAAGCAGAUAGUCCUUCAGACAGUGGACAGGGCAGCUGUGAAACAGUUGGGCUCUUGAGUGAACAAGAUUCAGAUGAAGAGAUAUUUGUGAGUAAGAAAUUGAAAAGCAGGAAGGUGCUACAAGAGAGUGAUUCUGAACAAGAGGGCACAAAUGCCUCUCCAGAGAAAACUACCUAUGACGAUAUAGAGGAGGAAGAUAAGGAGAACUUACAUGCUGGAAAAAAUGGAAAAGUCAGAAGGAUUUACAGAACUCUGGUGAACAGUGAUGAGAGUGACAUCGAGGAGUCUUUGUGUCAGGAAAAUCUUGAAACCCUAGUGACACCUUGCUUAGAGCUGAGUCUCCAACCUGAAAACUCUAUGGAUUUUACAGUUGACAGAAAGAUUUCCAAAAAACCCAUACAUGAUAAAGAAGGAAUUGGAGGAAAAGCAAAAGUAAAAUCAAAGCGAAGACUCAAGAAAGAGGAGAGAAAGAUGGAAAAAAUUAAGCAGCUGAAAAAGAAGGAAACAAAAAAUGAGGAAGAUGAUGUGAAACAGCUAUUUAAUGACAGUGGAUGUCUACUUGUGGAUAAAGACCUUUUUGAAACUGGGUUGGAGGAGGAAAAUAACUCUCCAUUAGAAGAUGAAGAGUCAUUAGAAUCAAUAAGGGAAGCUGUGAAAAACAAAGUAAAAAAGCACAAGAGAAAGGAACCAUCUUUGGAGAGUGAGGUCUAUUCAUUUGAAGAAGAAACUGAGUUAUCAAAAGGCACCACGAGGAAGGAAAGAAAGGCGGCCAAGUUAAGUAAGGAAGCAUUAAAAAAAUUGCAUAGUGAGACUCAGCGCCUUAUUCGAGAGUCUGCACUUAAUCUUCCAUAUCAUAUGCCUGAGAAUAAAACUGUUCAUGAAUUCUUCAAACGUAAACCCCGGCCCACUUGCCAGGGAAAUGCCAUGGCACUGCUGAAGUCAUCUAAGUAUCAGGCAAGCCAUCACAAAGAAAUCACAGACACUGAAAAUACAACUGAGGUAAAUAGUGACCACCAUAGCAAAGAUUCUGAGCAGACAACAGGUGCAGGAUAUGAAAUGGAAAUUAAUGCACUCCCUGCAGUUUCAAAGGAACCCCAGGUCACUACUGGAUCAGAUGAGUCUUGCAGUAAGAAUUUGACAGGAAGUGAAGAGCUAGAAAUUCCCGAGAAACAGGAGCAGAGUGAUGCUAGACCUUCACCUGGGGACAUCUCGGUGGCACAACAGGAAUGCAGCUUCCUUGGGAAUAAGGACAGUGAGGAGUAUCAUGCUGGAGGGCUUGUGGCACCUGAACCUUGUGCCCUGGAGGAAGAAGAAGGCCUGAAAAAAACAGAAGAAGCAGAUGAGAAGGUGGAAGAGCCCAGCCAGCAAACUAAAUCAGCAGCAGUGGUGCCACCUGAAAAAGUGAGGAGGUUCACUGUGGAUAGACUGAAGCAACUGGGAGUAGAUGUUUUCGUUCAGCCUCGGCUGGGUGCUGACAAAGAUUCUUUUGUGAUACUUGAAGAACCUGAAACCAACAGAGAACUGGAAGCCUUGAAGCAGCGUUUCUGGAAGCAUGCUAAUCCAGCAGCCAAACCCAGGGCUGCUCAGGUGAAUGUGAACAUCAUAGUGAAAGAUGUGGGCCCUGAUGGAAAGGAAGAGCUCAAGGCAGAUAUGGUACCUGUGACUUUGGCAGCUGAGAAGCUGGAUGGAGCAAGCCACACAAAACCAGGGGAAAAGCUUCAGGUGCUGAAAGCUAAGCUGCAAGAAGCAAUGAAACUCCGAAGGUCUGAGGAGCGCCAAAAGCGCCAAGCAUUACUUAAGUUAGAUAAUGAAGAUGGAUUUGAAGAAGAGGAGGAGGAGGAGGAAGAAAUGACGGAUCAGUCCGAGGAAGACGGAGAAGAGGAGGGAGAGGAAGCUUUGGAGGAGGAAGAGGCGAAAGAGGAGGAAGAGGAGGAAGAAGGCAAUCAGGAGAUUGCAGAAUUCCUUCUCGGUAGUGAAGAAAUAGAAACCAAAGAUGAGAAAGAAAUGGAUAAAGAAAACAAUGAUGGCAAUGGUGAAAUUGGCAAGUCAGUUGGCCUUCUUUCUGUCCCCAAGCCUCUGUUGUCAGAUUCUACCUUCCUUCUAUUUAAGGACAACUCUUCCAAGAUGGGUUACUCUGCUAGUGAAGAAAAAUCAGAAAUAGAUGAAAACUCAGGCAAAAGACCUAGCAAACUAGAUGAAGAUGAUUCAUGCUCAUUACUGACAAAGGAGAGCAGCCACAAUAGCAGCUUUGAGCUGAUAGGCUCCACAAUUCCAUCCUAUCAGCCUUGCAACAGACAAACAGGCCGUGGGACCAGUCUUUUCCCUACGGCAGGAGGAUUCAGAUCUCCUUCCCCUGGACUAUUUCGAGCCAGUUUGGUCAGCUCAGCUUCUAAGAGUUCAGGAAAGCUGUCUGAGCCUUCACUUCCCAUAGAGGAUUCCCAGGAUCUGUAUAACGCCUCCCCAGAGCCUAAGACACUUUUCCUAGGAGCAGGAGACUUCCAGUUCUGUUUAGAAGAUGACACUCAGAGCCAACUGUUGGAUGCAGAUGGGUUCUUAAAUGUUAGAAACCACAGAAAUCAGUACCAAGCUUUGAAGCCUCGAUUGCCAUUGGCCAGUAUGGAUGAGAAUGCCAUGGACGCCAACAUGGAUGAGCUGUUGGAUUUGUGUACGGGAAAGUUCACAUCUCAGGCUGAAAAACCUCUGUCCAGGAAGAGCGACAAGAAAGAAAACAUGGAGGAACUUCUGGAUCUUUGUUCAGGAAAAUUUACUUCUCAGGAUGUCUCUACUCUGGCUCCAUCAGAGUUAAAUAAGCAGGAGAAGGAGAACAGUCUGGGUGAUCCAAUGGAAGAAGCACUUGCUCUUUGCUCAGGCUCUUUCCCAACAGACAGGGAAGAAGAAGGUGAAGAGGAGGAAUUUGGAGACUUUCAGCUUGUCCCAAAUGAUAAUGAGUUUGAUAGUGAUGAGGAUGAACACAGUGACUCUGACAAUGAAGACCCAGCACUAGAAGACCAUGAAGAUAAUGAUGAGGAAGACCUCCUGCAGCAAUCCGAGAAGUUGAAAAGGCAAAUGAGAUUGAAGAAAUACCUGGAGGAUGAGGCAGAGGUGUCAGGGAGUGACGUGGGAAGUGAAGAUGAGUAUGAUGGGGAAGAGCUUGAUGAAUAUGAAGAGGAUGUAAUUGAUGAAUUACUUCCUUCUGAUGAGGAACUGCAGAGUCAAAUCAAGAAAAUACACAUGAAAACAAUGUUGGAUGAUGAUAAGCGACAGUUACGUUUGUACCAAGAAAGGUACCUUGCUGAUGGGGACCUGCACAGUGAUGGUCCUGGACGAAUGAGGAAAUUCCGAUGGAAGAACAUAGAUGAUGCUUCCCAGAUGGACUUGUUCCACAGAGACUCUGAUGAUGAUCAGACUGAAGAACAGCUUGAUGAGACAGAAGCCAGAUGGAGGAAGGAGCGAAUUGAACGAGAGCAGUGGCUUCGGGACCAGGCACAGCAGGGGAAAAUUGCAGCUGAAGAAGAGGACAUUGGGGAAGAUAGUCAGUUUAUGAUGCUGGCCAAGAAAGUUACAGCCAAAGCUCUGCAGAAGAAUGUCAGUCGCACUGUGGUUAUUCAAGAAUCAGAGUCUUUAUUCAGAAAUCCUUUUGAAGCCACCAAACCGGGAAGUGACAACCAGCUGAAGACGGGCUCACUGCUAAACCAGCCCAAAGCUGUGCUUCAGAAACUGGCUGCCCUGUCUGACCUCAACCCUAGUGCUCCCCGAAAUUCAAGAAACUUUGUCUUCCACACACUUUCUCCUGUCAAGGCUGAGGCAGCAAAGGAAUCAUCUAAGCCUCGGGUAAGGAGAAGGGGUCUGUCUUUAAUGACAUCCCCUUCACCUAAGCGCCUCAAAACAGAUGAUAGCGCUUCAGGAUCGAAGCAAAGCAUCUUCAGAUACUUGGAAAGCUAA